GUUUAGUCCGUUGCUGGAGUGCAGGAGCGGUAUCAACUUUGUCUGGUGUUGUGAAGAAGUUUGAAAUUUCGACCAAAAAUGAGGGAAAUCGUACAUCUGCAGGCAGGCCAGUGUGGAAACCAAAUUGGAGCAAAGUUCUGGGAGGUGAUAAGUGACGAACAUGGCAUCGACCCGUCCGGGACAUACCACGGGGACAGCGACCUGCAGCUGGAACGAAUCAACGUGUAUUACAACGAGGCAACAGGUGGCAAGUAUGUCCCCCGUGCAGUGCUGGUGGACUUGGAGCCAGGCACAAUGGACUCUGUGAGGUCUGGUCCCUUUGGACAGGUCUUUAGGCCGGACAACUUUGUCUUUGGCCAGAGCGGAGCGGGUAAUAACUGGGCCAAAGGCCACUACACUGAGGGGGCUGAGCUGGUGGACUCUGUCCUGGAUGUGGUGAGGAAGGAGGCAGAGAGCUGCGACUGCCUCCAGGGCUUCCAGCUCACGCACUCCCUGGGAGGAGGCACUGGAUCGGGCAUGGGCACGCUGCUCAUCAGCAAAAUCCGCGAGGAGUACCCUGACCGCAUCAUGAACACUUUCAGCGUGGUGCCUUCACCCAAGGUGUCAGACACAGUGGUGGAGCCGUACAAUGCCACCCUCUCCGUCCACCAGCUGGUGGAGAACACAGAUGAGACCUACUGCAUUGAUAAUGAGGCCCUGUACGACAUCUGCUUCCGCACACUGAAACUCACCACGCCCACCUACGGCGACCUCAACCACCUCGUCUCUGCCACCAUGAGCGGGGUGACCACCUGCCUGCGCUUCCCCGGCCAGCUCAACGCUGACUUGAGGAAACUGGCCGUCAACAUGGUGCCCUUCCCCAGGCUUCACUUCUUCAUGCCAGGCUUUGCCCCCUUGACCAGCCGUGGCAGCCAGCAGUACAGGGCACUGACGGUCCCUGAACUCACCCAGCAGAUGUUCGACGCCAAGAACAUGAUGGCAGCUUGCGACCCACGCCACGGGCGCUACCUUACAGUCGCCGCCAUCUUCAGAGGGCGCAUGUCCAUGAAGGAGGUGGACGAGCAGAUGCUGAAUGUGCAGAACAAGAACAGCAGCUACUUUGUGGAGUGGAUCCCCAACAAUGUCAAGACAGCUGUCUGCGACAUUCCUCCCCGCGGCCUCAAGAUGGCCGCCACCUUUAUCGGCAACAGCACAGCCAUCCAGGAGCUGUUCAAGCGCAUCUCAGAGCAGUUCACCGCCAUGUUCCGCCGCAAGGCCUUCCUCCACUGGUACACGGGCGAGGGAAUGGAUGAGAUGGAGUUCACAGAGGCUGAGAGCAACAUGAACGACCUGGUGUCCGAGUACCAACAGUACCAGGAUGCUACUGCGGAGGAAGAGGGCGAGUUUGAGGAGGAAGGCGAAGAGGACAUGGCCUAGACACUGACCAUGGCCUUUUUUCUUACUCUGCAGCAGGCUGGGCGAUACAAUUGAAAUCCAUGAUUGGCUUAAAAUCCAUUUGGACAAGAAUAAAAAAAAAUGCAAUAAUUCCAUUAAAAGUGAUCAAUUGAUAUUGAUGUUAUGAUUGAUAUUGACUUGUCCAGCCUGAGCAGGAGUGCAAGGGCCAGCCUUAGUUUUUAAAUGUUGUCUGUCCUUUGUUCACACUCUUUUUCAUUUUUCCUUGUUCAUGUUUUGAAUAUGAAUAUUUUUAUCCUUUUCUGUUUCCACUCUGUUUGGAGGGUAUCACCUAAAUGUCACUCCCCUCUAAGUGGCAACAGUCGGCAUCAUAUGUCAUCAUAUGUUCACAUGGGAGAAGAAAAGCUGGAGCGCACUGUAACAUUUUACUAGCUUUUGGGCAGUCAGCUGCACAAACUCAAUGGUUAACAUUACUUCCUUGGUAUACAUAAACAUAACAUAUACAUACAACAGUAUGAACAAUUCCAGCUCUCAUCAUAUUUGAAAGUCCAGUGCUGACUGCCUGGUGUCACAGGUCAGUUUGAUUCAGAGUAUUCCAGCUCUUUCCAUUCCUAGUGGGCACUUGUUGACAUUGUUUCGUCCACUCAGUGGUGGUGUUGUGAACUCAUGUAAGUGGUCACCCUUUGUUAAGUCUCUGUAAAGUCUUUUUCAAGCUGCAAAUUUUAAAUAUAUUUGUGAAAGUGAAUGUAACAUUGACCAGUUCAAGGCACUCUUUUCUGAAUCUGACACUUGGCACUGUUUGAGAUAGAAUGUAAUCUUCCAGGAGAAUGAAAUCAUUUCAUUUAUCAAAAAGAAAAACCUUGAAAAUGCACUGAACACUAUAGUGUCAGGAACUGGCCACUGUUACUUCAGUGUUUCAGUGGUUGUUCUGGAAUUUAACUGACAUGAAAAGUGUCCUCUGAGUUUAAUAAAGAUUGUAUGAAUUGGU